AUGAGUACCGAAAAGACUCCUUCAUCAGUUUCAUCUUCUUCGAGUAACUACGAGGUGUGCAAGGGAUUCAAUGGCCUUGACAAGGUUCUUCUUCGCGACGCUCGUGGAAGCUCCGCUGAGGUGUACUUGUACGGUGGUCACGUGACUUCUUGGAAGAAUGACCAAGCCGAGGAAUUACUUUUUCUCAGCAGCAAGGCUAUAUUUAAGCCUCCAAAGGCAAUUCGUGGAGGGAUCCCAAUAUGUUUUCCUCAAUUUGCAAACCUUGGUACUCUUGACUCACAUGGAUUUGCUAGAAACCGGUUCUGGACCAUUGAUGAUAAUCCUCCACCUUUUCCAACAAAUACUUUGAGUAAAGCCUAUGUUGAUUUGAUUCUUAAACCCUCGGAAGACGACAUCAAGAUUUGGCCUCACAGUUUUGAGUUUCGUCUCAGAGUAGCUCUUGGACCUGGAGGAGAGCUAAUGUUGACAUCUCGGAUCAGGAACACUAACAUUGAUGGGAAGCCAUUUUCAUUCACAUUUGCUUAUCAUACAUAUUUCUCUGUGUCAGAUAUAAGUGAAGUGCGGGUAGAGGGGUUAGAGACAUUGGAUUAUCUUGACAACUUACAGAAAAAGGAACGCUUUACUGAACAGGGUGAUGCUUUAACAUUUGAAUCAGAAGUUGACAGGAUAUAUCUCAGCACUCCUACAAAGAUUGCAAUUCUUGAUCAUGAGAAGAAGAGAACAUUUGUGUUACGUAAAGAUGGUCUCCCCGAUUCUGUGGUAUGGAAUCCUUGGGAUAAGAAAGCAAAGGCUAUGACUGAUUUCGGUGAUGACGAGUAUAAGCAUAUGCUUUGUGUAGAGGCUGCUGCUAUUGAAAAUCCUAUUACUUUGAAACCUGGCGAGGAAUGGAAGGGAAGACUAGAACUUUCAACUGUUCCUUCUAGUUAUUUUAGUGGACAGCUUGAUCCCCAAAGAGUUAUUCAAGGAAGCUGA